CCAGAGACACCCCCGGCACAGCCGCGUUACGCGCCCCGCCGCCCUCAAACGCUGGAGCCACGCCCAAGCUGUGUCUCUGCCCGCACCUAACCAAUGCGGACCGCGUUUGCUGAGAGGAGUGUGCCGAGCAGGAGGCUGGCCAGUAGAGCGCGGUGUUGUUGUGGAGGCAGGGCCGGGCGGUGUGUGGGGCGGGCUGGGUGGCGGGCGGCUGCCAGGGGCACGGCCGGCGCUUGCUGCCUCUGCCCGCCCGCCAUGAACUCCCUGGACCAGGCUGAGGGUGAGUGCGGCGGUCCGAAGCGAGCCUGGAGCUGUCCCUUCGGCGCGCCGGGAGCUUCCGGCUCCGCGCCUGGGCCGCCUGGGCGCGCUGCCUCGUCCCUCCGGAGUGGGCCUCGCCAUGGCGCUGCCUUGAGGGGGGCGAAGCGGCCGCGGGAGGCCUCGGCUCCCUCUCCACUGCGUUCCUCCUCGGCCCAGACAGAUCUCAAAGCUUUUGAAAGAAGACUUACUGAGUAUAUUGCAUGUUUGCAACCAGCUACAGGACGUUGGAGAAUGAUCCUGAUAGUGGUAUCAGUCUGCACAGCAACUGGUGCUUGGAACUGGUUGAUAGACCCGGAGACACAAAAGGUGUCAUUUUUCACAUCGCUUUGGAAUCACCCAUUUUUCACAAUUAGCUGUAUUACUCUCAUAGGCUUGUUCUUUGCUGGAAUACAUAAAAGAGUGGUGGCACCAUCAAUUAUAGCAGCUCGAUGUCGAACUGUUUUGGCAGAAUAUAAUAUGUCCUGUGAUGAUACUGGAAAAUUAAUUUUGAAACCUAGGCCUCAUGUUCAAUAAGGGCUAUCUUCCUUCAGUUUUUUUCCACUGCCAUGGAAACCAAAAAUGACCUUUUUAAAGGUAGUAUGACAGAAAACACAAACAGGACUGGUUGCCACUGCCUGGGAAUGAGUCUUACACAGUCGACAGUGAAAGUGUGCAAUAUUUCUUUCUUGAAUAUUUAUCCAAAUUUUUUGUUCAUAUUAUCAGUGCUUUUUGCUACUUCUGAUUACCUCUUUUUCAGUAUUAAUGUCACUUUUUUACUUCAGCUAGAACAGAACAUACAGGUGAAGUAUGUUAAUCGGCUAUGAAGUUGAACUUGAAAAUCAGACCUCAUUUGUGUCAUGUGUCUCUUAAGUUCUUGUAAAUAGCAGACUGAUGCCAGUGUUCAGGAAAAGAAGUAAGAGUUACUGUAUGGAUUUUCUUGUUCUCGUGAACAGUAUUGAAUGGAACACUUACCAUUCCUGUGAUGUUUUAUUGGCGCAUUUACUCAUUACAGCUAUUCUUGUCUCCUGGUCACUCUAUGGAACUGGUUCAAAGGCUUGCAAAAAGACCGUCUGUCUGUGCUGGAGAAAACUGGUCUUACCAUUUAAGAACUUGGCAAAUACAUCAAGAAUUGUGUUUAUCAAAUUGUAAAUAAUAGUGCACCAGCCACUUUCAUUGUGGUCAUACAUAGCUACUUCGAUUAAUCUGGUUCACAACACUGUUUUAAGGUUUUAGUGUUUUAAAAGUUGUCUUAAAUUGCUUGCAUCUUCCUGAUUGUAAGGUUGUACUGUAUCUUAAGUCCACAUGACCAUUCUGAGUGGAUUUUUAUGCUCUGAUAGUCUGGAUAUGAAACUAGCAUUGCAAAUGUGUACCUUGAAAUUUGGCAAAGAAAAUAUAAAGGGAGCCACAAUAAAAUAACAAUAUUUGUUAUUCAGAGUGUUAAGAACAAGCUUUGGAUGUUAUAUGCAUAAAGUGUAACUUUUUAAUAACUACAGUUGUAAAGAAUUUUAAGAGUUUUAAGUUGUUCAAGGUGCCUUUUUAUUGCUUCAAAACUCUUGCAACUUUAUCUCCUACUACAAGGUAGACUGGCUUUUGAAGACAGCCUAUUGAUGUAACUAUCAGUUGAGACAUUAACAGUUGUCUCCUGUCACUUUCCACUAUGUCUUCUGCCUCUCCAUUAUUUUUAAUUGCUGUAUAUUUUGUAGGUAAAUGUGAAUAAAAUAAAUUCUUUGUAUAAA